AUUUUUUUUGUUUGUUUGUGCGUGCGUACGUGUGUUGUGUAUGUGUUAAACAAAAAAGGGGGAAAUGCAGUUUGAUUAAGCGCACCAGGCAACCAAGAGAAACCAAAGUCUGUUCAGUGACAGUGAAUGUUGAGCCGCCGCAGCCUUUUACCGCCCAAAGCAGGAUAAUAUUCAUGGGAAUUGUGGAAAUAAAUGGAAAAUUUAUUUUGUUAAGAUGUGUUUGAUAGAUAUUGGAAUUUCAAUUAAAUAUUAAAAAUGUGUGUUUGUUCAAUGCAUGAUUUGCUGAAGUUGCAAUUUAACGCCGUUAACUCCACUAACCCCAAUUGAGUUGGUUCUUUUUCUCCCCUGUUGGCUGGCUGACUGGCUGCUGUUUGUGGCUACACCCAAAACGAAGUAUAUGAAAUUUUUGAUAUUAAAUUUUGUAUUGUGAUUUUUGAAAAAAACUUUUCUUUAUCUUUUGUAGCCACAAGAAACUGAAAUAAACAACAAAACCCUUGUGUGUGUUUGUGUGUUUUUUUAUCACUCGUCUGUAAUGUCUUUGUUGCUGUUAAGGAAAUAAUCUUAAAUUUUCAUACAAGUUUUGGGUUUAUGUGGGUGUAAGGAACCAAUUGGUUUCGAAAAAAAAAAACAAAAAAACGUGAAGCCGCUCUGGCCAUCUACAGCAACAAAUUAAAGCAAAUGUGAAAAUUUUUUGCCUCUAAGAAAAAAGAAGUUGUGGGUUUUUUUUGUUGAAUCCAUUUAGGAUUUCAAAACGCCCACUCUAACCAUUAUUGGGCAAGAGAAAAAGGAAUGUGACAAGAAAACAUACCCGUGUUAAAUGGUGUAAAACAAAAGAAGGAGUUCUUUCUUUUAACAAACCAUUAACGAAAAGCAAUAAUCAAACAACGGAAAAAAAAAUAAAACAAACUUGUGCAAGAAAUAUCUUGUUCUGUGUGUGAGUGUGUGUGCCUGUGUUUUACAAUCAAUUGUGGUGGGUCUCCAAGUCUUCAUUCCCCCCACCCAUAUUUAUCUUUGGUUUUUGGAGCCACAACCAAUGUGCCAUCGCCAUCAACGCCGUUCCCAGCUUAUUUGCAUACAUUUGAGUCUUGCAGAUCGGCAGCCAACAACAUCGUCGUCGCCGUCACAAUCAUCAAACAUCAACAAUCAUUAUCAGCAGCAGCAGCAACAAUCCGUUCAUUAUCUGGACGAAACGAUUAAAAAUCUCACCAAUCUAGCCGAUACUUGUCCAAGUAUUGGCAAAAGUGCCAUUGCAACUGCCGGCGGCAACAGCACCAGCAACAGUUGCUAUACCAGUCCCUCCAAGCAAAGUUUGGGCGGCGGCUGCAUUGGAGAUUAUCCAUAUAAUUUCCAUAGCUCCACAGGCCUAUUAUCCUCCUCGCCCAGCGCUGCCAUAGCAGGUGGUGCGGCGGCUGGUGUUAAGCUACGUAAAUUCUCGGAUCGCUGUUUGACGUCUUCCCCGGGUCUAGCAGCAGCAGCAGGUGGUGAAACUGGUGGUGGUGGUGGCGGAGCUUCUCACUCGUAUCGCAUUUCAAUGGCAAAUCUAGAAGAAACACAAGAGUCCGAACUUGAUGUCAUCUUGGGAGAGCUAAGCCUUUUGGAGGCCCAAAUUGCGGCGGGCGAUGCCAAUUUUCUGCCAGCAGCCGGUGGGCCGGGGGCCAUGUGUACCCCCUCCUCGACCCGAACUCAUUCACGCACAAAUUCCACCAUUUCGGGGGCCACCUCAAUAUCGGGCUCCUCGGAGGCCGGUAGCAGCAGUACUUCACAUUCAUUAUGUUCCUCAUCGGGUGUAUCGGAAAACGGUAGCCAUGUCAGCAACAGUGCCCAUCAUCAUCCUUCGAUGCAGACGAUGACAACAGCAGCAACAACAACAACAACAAAUAAUGGCAACACUGCAACCCAGCUGAGAGAGCCACGCACCGAAUCGCCCGACAAUGAUUCGGCCUUCAGUGACACGGUCUCACUGUUGUCCAGCGAAUCUUCAGCCUCGUCGGGCAUGAGCUCAGCUCUGCAUCACAAACGUAUGAUGCAUCAACAUCAACCUGUUUUGCCGCUCUCCGGCAACACCAAGGCGGCCAAGAUCCAGUUGGCCCUACACAAACUGGAAACGGCACCCAUACGCCGUCUAUUCGUCAAGGCCUUUACCUCGGACGGGGCAUCCAAGUCGCUGCUGGUCGAUGAGCGUAUGACAUGCGGGCAUGUGACACGUUUGUUGGCCGACAAAAAUCAUGUACAAAUGCAACCGAAUUGGGCCUUGGUUGAGAAUUUAGGCGAUUUACAAAUGGAACGUCUUUUCGAGGACCAUGAGCUGUUGGUGGACAAUUUGAUGACCUGGAAUUCUGAUGCUGGCAAUCGUGUACUGUUUCAACAACGUUCCGAUAAGGUGUCCCUCUUCAUACGCCCCGAAUUGUAUUUACCCGGCCCCCAAAUGGCACCGGGCAGUCAACAUGAUGAACACACCCGUUCCAUGUUGCUGGAGGAAUUUUUCGAAACCAAUACGGAGAUACAAGUCGAUGGACCACUCUACAUGAAAGCUGAUCCGAAAAAGGGUUGGAAACGUUAUCAUUUUGUGCUGCGCAGUUCAGGCCUUUACUAUUUUCCCAAAGAGAAAACCAAAAAUGUAAGGGAUCUAAUGUGCCUGACCCUCUUCAAUGGCUACAAUGUGUAUCGCGGUCUGGGCUGGCGCAAGAAAUGGAAGGCCCCGACAGAUUACACCUUUGGUUUUAAAUCAGCUGUGGACUCUAGUUUGGGUAAAUCAUGUCGGACAUUGAAAAUGCUUUGCGCCGAGGAUUUGGAGACAAUGGAAAAAUGGUUGACCGCCAUUCGGGUGGCAAAGUAUGGCAAGCAGUUGUGGGAUAAUCACAAGGGCCUGAUGGAAGAGUUGACCAUGGGCGGAGAUGGUAUAUCGCAGAGCAGCUUUGCCGUAUCCAUGCGCAGCGAGUCGAUUAGCAGCAUUUCUUCGGCGGUACCUUCGCAGUGUGGCAGUGUCUCUUCGGCCAUAUCCAGUAUGUCGGCCUCAAGUGGUGGUCGGGUGUCAAGGGCCUCCUCAUCUUCCUCUAGUGGUUGUUUGUCAGAUGAUAAUAAUGGCUUUGAUUCGGAAUUUACCACGGGCACAAUCAAACGCAAACCUUCGAUGAAACCCAAUUUACCGCUGACCACAAUGACGAGGCAACUGAAGGAGGUGGGGGAGAACACACAGGCAGAUAAUGAGGAUUUGAAUAAUACUUCGCCAGAACACAGUGGAACUCUGACAAGGCGCCAUAGUCGCCGUAAAUCCCAAGAAUCCAAUGGUAGUGGCACCCUGAAAAGACGUCCCGCUGGGGCCGCCACUGCUGCCAUAAUGACAGGCCUUACAAAGAGGGGUUCGGCGGAGAGCAUGAAUGCCAAUAAUUCAUCGGGUUCCUCGAAUUCAACCCCGACUCCCACGCCCAGCAUUUGCGCCAAACCUUUGGUGGUAAGUUCCAGCUAUGGCCAGGAUAGCCAAUUGCCACCACCACCGCCUUCGGUUUUGAAUAAUGUUGUGACCGGGGCGGCGGAUGCCAUGAGUUGUUCCACCUUGUCGUUGGACUCAUUGCCACCACCACCGCCACCAGCAGCCUUAAAUGAAGUUGAGCAGGAUGUAUAUGGUUCCCAGUUGUCCUUGGUAUCACUGCCGCCACCACCACCGCCCGAGGAGGUGGCCAUGACGCCAACAACACCUACCGGCAACAAUCCAAAUGGUAUUUAUUCAAUUGUCGGCGGCCAGCCUGGAAAUCACAAGGUACCACCACCAGCGGUGCCAGCCAAGCCCAUAAAGCCGGCCGUUAAGGCAGCACCACCCUAUAAAAAUCCCCCAGACUACAAGGGCACGGUAGUGGCGCCCAGCGGCCAACAAAUGAACCACUCCCUACCACCUCCACCACCACCCACACAGAAAAAGGUCAGCUUUGCCGAUUCCCCGGUACUGCUGAGACGGAAAAUGCACUCCCCAGAACCGCAGGAACCCUUCUAUUCCCCCGGCCCACUACCGCCACCAAGAAAUGAUCUCACACGGCUUUCAAAUUGUUCUUCAACCAUUUCAUCGGUGUCCCAACAGGAUUAUGGUUCCCCCAAACGUCUGCAGGAAUCGAAUUCCAAUCCUCCCAGAGAUUUCCUCAAAGAUCUGCAGAGGGUAAUGCGUAAAAAAUGGCAGGUGGCCCAGAAAUGUAAACUGGAACCGGCCACCACACCCCAUGAAGUUUUGGGUUUCCGUGAUUUCUCCUCAGAGGAGUUGCUGGCCCACAAUCUCAAUUCGAAUUCUCAUUUUUAUCGGGAGACGGCCAAUGUAAGCAAUUGGGUGCAGGAACACUAUGGAGCUGGUGUGGCCUGUGAACCGCCGCCAUUGAAUGAGUAUGCCCUCUAUGAGAAUAUACACGCGAACAAUGCAAAUGCUGCGGCGGCGGGCGGUGUAGUGAAUCCAAUGGAUUCGCAACAAUAUGGCCAGCUGCCAGCACCUCCACCACCAUUAGUAGCCACAGCCGCCGGCGUUCAUAAUCCAGCGGCAGCAGCAGCGGCGGCCCAGGAUAUGGCCAAACGCAACAAACGACCACCGCCUCCACCACCCAAACGAAGCGAUUCAACACAUUUGACACACCGUGUUUAGUCUUUUCUGGGCCAGUGCUUUAGGGCACGGGGUUUUUGGCAGAAAUAAUCAAAGGCAAACCAUGAAAAGGAGGGCCAGGAGUAACAGCUUCCAAUAACAAGAAAAAUAGCAAAGCGGCGGUCCUAGAGAAAAAAUCGAAUUUUUUGGCGCAUCUUUUUUUUUUGAUUUACAAAACCCAAAAAUUAUAGAUUCAUAGAUUUUUAAGUAUUUAAAAAAAGUGCUUUGAAAGAUUGUAUUUUAAAAAGUAAAUUUAAAAAAAUUAAGAAAAAUCGAAUCGAUAAAUUUGCAAAACAAACCUUUGCUGGCAUUCAAACUAAAUUUUAAUAAUUUUUUAGAAUAGAACAAAAAAAAAUUUAAUCAAAAUAUAAAUCGAAUCGUUAAAUUGCAAAACAAACUCGUGGGUGCGGCGGGGGGCAUUCAAACCUCCCCUGCCCACCCAACCACCUAUCUAUAUACCUGUCGUCUCUUUAUGUUCUAAGUUAAGUUCCUUUUCGAAUUGUAAACUAACCAUAUAAAUAUAUGAAAGAAAGUUUUUAUUUUAAUGAUUUUUUUGUAAAAUUAUACACCCCCGCAUAUACCUAAAUUUAUACAAAUUAUACACAUUUCUAUAAUUAUAUACACAGUUGUAAUAAUAAUAAUGAUAAAUAAUUUAGAAUUAUUUUUAAAUGGAUUUUAAUUAUAUAUACUUUUUUUGGCUAAUUAAAAUGGCCUAACCACAUGUUUUUCUUCAAAAUUAAAUUAGUUUUGAUUUUUGGAAAAAUAAAACAAAAUAUGCAAUAAAAUUUUUAUUUUAAAUUAAAAACAAAAAAA